UGUAAUUCCACAAUGAACCUGAGGAUGGCAGUAAUGCAGCAUACAUGGAUGCCAACUGCCGUAAAAAUAUUAAGAAGAAGAAGCUGUGAGCCUUUAGCUGUGAGAAGGUGUAAAAAGGGGUCACGUGGAACUGAAUCAACAGGUGGUACUCCAAAGAAGCGCUCAUAGCAGCUCAGAAGCCUCCUCCUCCUCCAUGUCGACUUCAUUCCCAGCGCCACCUCCUCUGGCUCCUUCCUGCUCGCUCUCUUAAACGUCCACAAUGCAUCUUUGGAAGCAUCCGUCACUUGAUACGCGAGGAGGAGAGCACAGAUGCACCUCGAGGAGCAGGUCAUUCUACUCGGAGGUGCUUCUGGACAUGCAAUCCUCAGGAGGCGAGCUGGGCUGGCUGACAUUAGACCAGGGUGACAAGCCCGGGUGGGAGAUCGUCCAAAGGCGCGUGAAUGGUUCUCAGUUGUACACUUAUUCCGUCUGCAAUGUUGGCGAACGUGAACAAGACAACUGGCUCCGCACCACCUUCAUCCAGCGGCGACCGUCAGCCUCGCGAGUCUUUGUGGAGCUCCAGUUCAUCGUACGCGACUGCAACUCCUUUGACGGGGCCUCAGUGAUCUGCAAGGAAACCUUCAACCUCUUCACCUCAGAGUCGGAUGUCGACGUGGGCACCACCUUUCGCAGGGGUCUUUUCAAGAAAGUGGCCACCAUCGCUCCCGAUGAGAUCAGCAACAAGGGCGAGCUUCAGAUCAACACCGAGACACGCGUGGUGGAGAACCUCUCGCGCAAGGGCUUCUACUUGGCUUUCCAAGACAUCGGCGCAUGUGUCGCUCUCCUCUCGGUGAGGGUUUACUACAAAACCUGCCCCGCCACGGUGAUGAGCCUCGCGUCCUUCAAGGAAACAGUCGCCGGCGGCGAGAACCAGGCCCUGAGGCAAGUGAGCGGGACAUGCGUGGAUAACGCCAUCAGCGAGGAGCUGCCUCGUAUUUACUGCACCGUGGAUGGAAAGUGGUUGGUGCCCGUUGGACAGUGCCAGUGCAAAGAGGGCUAUGAAGAAGUCAAAGACAUGUGUCAAGAAUGUCAGCCAGGCUUCUUCAAAGCGGAAGCUUCCGGUGAUAAGUGUCAACCGUGUCCUGCCAACACCCAGAGGCUGGGCUCAGGGGCUUUGUUCUGUCCGUGUAUGGAUGGCUUCUACCGGGCCCCCAGUGACCCCUCCACCGGACCCUGCUCAGGCCUCCCCACUGCUCCCAGAGACCUAGCAGCGACCAUCACUCAACUAUCUGCCGGUAGAAUCCUCCUCUCCUGGAGCCCCCCAGAGGACACCGGGGGUCGCACGGACAUCACCUACAGCGUAGAUUGCCAGCGCUGCGAAGGCUCGGCGUGUCAACACUGCGGCGACAAGAUCCAUUACGAGCCAUCCAGCGUGGGUCUGACGGACACUAAGGUGUCGGUGAGCGAGCUGGACGCUCACCUCAACUACACUUUUACUGUGGAGGCUCACAGCGGCGUGUCCGUGCUGGUCGCUCAGGCAUCGCCACGGGCGAACAGGCCGCCGUCCACCAGCGCUCUGACGACAUCUCUGCACUACACAGAUCCUCCAAAGAUUACCGCCGUACGACUUGUCGAGAAAACCGCCUCCAGACUGUCCAUCUCCUGGGACGUGUCACGCCGACCACGCUUUCAACCUCGGCCAGUCCGCUAUGAACUUACCUAUCGCAAAAAGGAUGACAAUCUGGACAUGACUACCUACACUGUGCUGAUCCUGGAGAAGAGCUCAGUGGAGAUUAAUGAUCUGACCCCCGGCACUGCCUACCUGUUCCGGGUGCAGGCCCUCAGCAGUGACGGAACCCCUGGAGGCUCCAGUGUGGAAGAACAGUUUGAAACGUCCUCAGCAGAACCUCUGACUCAGACCAAUCCUGCGCUGGUUUUUGGCGUGCCAGUCCUAGGCGCAGCCGCGUUGUUCAUACUGGUUCUGGUGGUCUUCCUCCGCAGACGGAAAAGAAACUCUCACAGCAGACAAGGACCAGAGGACGCUUACUUCUCCAGCUCAGAGCAACUGAAGCCUCUGAAGACCUACGUGGACCCGCACACAUACGAGGACCCCAACACGGCUGUCCUUAAAUUUGCCACAGAAAUCCAUCCCAACCACAUAACCAAACAGAAAGUCAUCGGAGCCGGGGAGUUUGGUGAGGUGUACCGUGGUAUUUUGAAGACGCCCGGCAGGAUGGAGGUGGCGGUGGCUGUCAAGACGCUAAAGCCUGGCUACUCCGAGAAACAAAGGCAGGACUUUCUGAGCGAGGCCUCCAUCAUGGGACAGUUCUCCCACCAGAACAUCAUUCACCUGGAGGGAGUGGUUACCAAAUUCAAACACGCCAUGAUUGUGACUGAAUACAUGGAGAAUGGAGCACUGGACAGGUAUCUUAGGGACCGCGACGGAGAGAUUUCCUCCUUCCAGCUGGUGGGCAUGCUGCGUGGCAUCGCUGCCGGCAUGAAGUACCUCUCUGAUAUGAGCUACGUCCACCGUGACCUGGCCGCUCGUAACAUCCUGGUCAACACCGCUCUGGAGUGUAAAGUGUCCGACUUUGGCUUGUCGAGAGUUCUUGAGGACGAUCCUGAGGGAACAUACACUACGAGUGGCGGUAAAAUCCCCAUACGUUGGACAGCUCCAGAGGCAAUCGCAUACAGGAAGUUCACCUCAGCCAGCGACGUGUGGAGUUUUGGCAUCGUCAUGUGGGAGGUCAUGGCUUUUGGCGAACGGCCUUACUGGGACAUGAGUAAUCACGAGGUGAUGAAGGCCAUCAACGAGGCUUUCAGGCUGCCGGCGCCUAUGGACUGUCCCUCGACUGUUUACCAGCUAAUGCUGCAGUGCUGGCUGCAGGACCGCUCGAAAAGGCCACGUUUCGGGGACAUUGUCAGCCUGCUGGACAAACUGCUGCGCAGUCCAGAUUCCCUGAAGACCAUUGCGGACUUUGAUCCACGCGUUUCCAUCCGCCUGCCCAGCGUCAGCGGCUCGGACGGUUCCCCCUUCAGGUCGGUGUCCGAGUGGCUGGAGUCCAUAAAGAUGAGUCAGUACAGCGAGAACUUCAACUGCGCCGGCAUCGUCAGCAUGGACCAAGUCCUGCAGAUGAAGAACGAGGACAUCAAGAACAUCGGAGUCAGGCUUCCCGGCCAUUUGAAAAGAAUCGCCUACAGCAUUUUGGGCUUAAAGGACCAGACGAGCACCCUGAGUGUGUUUGCAGUGUGAUGGGCGUCAUCAAUGGACUGCAGAUUAAGCACUGAAGCAGGAAGCCCAUUUUGGACUCUUAAUUGAGCUGGAGCGACACUGCAUGGACACCACCAAAAGAACCGUGCCAUCCCUUAGGGCCCGCCUGACACCAGCAAACGUAGUGUACAGUUUUUCUAUCCACAAGAGAAUGCAGCCAAAACAUCAACAAAUACAUGUAGAUUUUUCUUUCUCUGCCUAAAUGAUUCAUCUUCCAGGCUUUCUCUCAACUUUGCAUUCCUGUCUCGAAGAAAAGAAGAAAAAAAAAAGACUUGUGGGAAUGCCUUCACAAAUGUGCACCCAGUAUCGAGUAAACACAGAAGGUGUGGCGGCGUGGGAGGAGGGAAGGACGGAGGAGUCCAGCUUUGGCUUCCUUCCACUUCCUGUUCAACCGGUGAGGACAUGUGAGGUCAAAAUAAGGCAGGGGGGGGGGGGGGGGCUUUAAUGUAUGAGGUACUCUGUAAAUAAUUGACCUUUGUUUAUAUUUGGGAGUUUACCAAAACCACUAGGAAUAUAAAAAAAAUAAUCUAAUGUAGCACUUCCUUUGAAUAUCUUGUGGUUUUGGACAUAAGUAAAAGAAAAAUGUCUUACUAUGCGAAAAAGAAGUGGCGCAAAUGAAAAGGCACUCGAUCUGAUGCUGUUUUUAGCUUGCCGGUAAUGAAGAUGGAGAGGGUGAGGUUUGCCAGAAUGCAAAGUACCCUUGAAAAAAAAAAAAAAAGACAUGUAAUGAGGAGAUGAUUUCAUACUAAAUAAUAGUUUGGGUUGAAUUUCCAUGUCUGGUCUAUUUUUGUAAACGACACACACCAACUCUCAUGUUCUUGAUGAUUUGAGCAACAUGGAUGGAAUAAUCUACUUUGACAAUGAAGUGCUACUUUUUACAGACGUUUUCUUUAUCCGGUGCUCUUAAUUGAUGACUGCAAAUUGUUGUGUUACUGAUGUACAACUUCCUUUACUUGAAUUUUACCGCAUUUUUGUUUGUCAAAUGUAUAUGAUUCUUUUGUAGAUCUAGCUUUGGAAAAGGGAUUUUUUUUUCUGUACAUUUUAUAUGACUAUACAGAUUUGUACAUUUUCCACUUCUUAUAUAUCAUCCAAAGCAAUUUUUAGCUGCCUCUCCAAAAAAGCAAAUCAUCUUCAAAGAGCAAACGCCUUUAUUUUUUUGACUCAUGUUUUUGAAAAAAAUGUAUUUAAUAGUCUAUUUAUUUUUUACUUUUUAUUUAUUCAUCCUGAUAAAACACUGAGCUGGGAUUUAUAAUUGAACGUCGCUCUGUCACUCUACAUAAAAAGAAGAAAAAAAAAGAAGCUCUGUGUCCCUUUUAUUGUUGAAUAUGUUGAGUUUGCUUUCAUUUCAAAAUGUAUGUGGAGCAAUAAAGUCUUAAAACUGAA